AUGCCAUCAAAUGCCGGAGUUACAUUCUUCAUUCCUGAAAAUUCUCCUAAAUUAUGGGCAGACUCUGCCAAAAAUUUAGGAUUCCGUUAUAGUUGUUGCGACCGUUCCAUCUGGAUUGCAGUCAUGUCUUGGAGAUCUCCAGAGGACCUUAUCGUCGGCGACAUCGCAGGGACAUACCCCGCUCUCUUCGUACUCCGUGGGAACCAGGAACAAGUGGAAGCCCGCUAUCGUGGUCACCCAGAUCCCGUGACCUCACGCCUCCGGAGUUUUUCUUCCCUGGUAGCUCACAAAGAGCAAAUCUGUGUCGCUAGCGUUGACCUCAUCUCAAGGUGGCUUCAUUUAGAAAGACAUAUCACAAAUGUGGAACCUGUUUUCCCGUCUCCCAUGGUUCUCAAACAUAUGGAUGCAGCUCCUUUUGUCACAUUCAAUUGA